AUGAUCAGUACCACGGUCGAGGAGCCACUUCAUGUGUUCGACCUGCCCCAGAUCUACCAGAAGCCCUCGGGGACUGAUCUCAUCAAGGCCCUGGCCUUGUUGGCCCUGCAACCGCGUGCGUUUGGCACCAGUGCGGAGGCUGUGAAGGGCCCCGCGGUGCACCCGGCGGGGUUGACGAGGUAUCUCACUCAGAUUAUCUCGAGCCCGCUGUCCUGGCUGGAGACGGAGGAAUUGCGGGAGGCCGUGUGGGAUGCCGCUGGUGCUCGCUUGAGCGAGCGAUCUGGCCGUGCUGCUAUGCCGGCCAUGUCGCGCAUCUUCAAUAUCCCCACGUCCUCCGGGGAGGAUUAUACGCUCACCUUGCACGAACCGUCUCUGACCGCAGAUAACCUGGGCAUGAAGACUUGGGUGUCGUCCUACCUCCUCUCCCGUCGGCUGCACGAACUGCUCGAGUCCCCGCCUGAGCUCGUCCCUGUGGGUUCGACUGAUCGGUCGACCACAUCAUCCCGGAACAAGCCAGUCAGAGCUCUUGAACUCGGUUCAGGUACUGGUCUUGUUGGACUGUCCUUUGCAGCUUUGAAGGGCAGGGGGGCCACCGUCCACCUGACCGAUCUCCCCGAGAUCGUGCCGAACCUGGCCCACAAUACCGCUCUAAAUGUUGAGCUCCUGAACAAAACAGGGGCAACCGUGACAACAGGCGUGCUGGACUGGUCUGAAACGCCAACACCACCUCCCGCCGCGGAAGAGCGGUUCGACGUGAUCCUCGCCGCGGAUCCGCUAUACUCACCCAAUCACCCCAAGUGGCUGGUAGACACCAUCGCACCCUGGCUGAGCAAGGGCUUGAACGCCCGCGUUGUCGCGGAAAUGCCGCUGCGUGAUGCCUAUCUACCUCAGGUCCACGAGUUCCGGCAGCGCAUGACUGAUCUGGGCCUGGCUGUCGUUGAAGAGGGUGAGGAGACCGGGUACGAUGACUGGGAGAGUGCAGACGGCAAUGCGCUAGCUGUCAAGUGCUGGUGGUCCAUUUGGGGUUGGAGCGAGAAGGUUUGA